CCGUUUAAGUCCUCUCUCUCUCUAAGCCUUUUCCCUCAACUGCCAAACGGAGCUUUCUUCUUCUUCUUCUUCUUCUUCUUCUUCUUCUUCUUCCUCCUAAAGCAAAAAUGGCUCAGUUUUCGCCAUUUUCACUCUGCUCUCUCUCAUCUUCCCUCUCCUCCAACUUCAAUCUCUCUUAAUUCCUUCUUCUCUCUUCCUCAGAUGCCACCAUUUCCCUUUCUCCACAUCGCAAAAUGUCAUCCUCUUCUUCUUCUUCUUCUUCUUCCUCCUCCUCUUCCUCUUUCCCCCCUUUGUCCUCAUCUCCAUCGCCGUCUCUACAGAGGAGCAUCAGCAGCAUCCAGAAUUCGGAGGCUGAGCGGCGUCUUCGUGAGGCGGAGGACCGGCUCCGGGAAGCUAUUGAGGAGCUUCAGCGGCGACAGCGGAAAGUAGCGGCGUGUGGAUCUCAUCAUCAUCAGACUCGGGAACAGCCCCCGCCGUGUGAUCAUGCUGCUUAUGAGUCCUCCUGUGUGGCUAAUGCCAUUGGUAACCUCUGCCAGACCUUCCUUCUCUCUUAUGGUGUUAGAGUUGGCAUUGGUAUACUUCUCCGCGCUUUCAAGCUCGCGCGGAGACAGUCCUAUUCAUCUAUUCUUGAUCUCAAGCAACUUGUCUCAGAGAAAGACUUGAUAGUGAGGGAAGAGGCAUGUCGUAUUGGUUUGCUUUUUGGUGGAUUUACUGGGUCAUAUCAUGCCCUUAGAUGCUUGCUUAGAAAGUGGAGAAAGAGAGAGACACCUUUUAAUGUAAUUUUAGCAGGUUCAGUGGCUGGUCUGUCUGUUUUAGCAUUAGAUGACUCAAACCGGAGGCGUACUCUUGCUUUAUAUCUUAUGGCUAGACUUGCUCAGUGUGCCUAUAAUUCUGCAAAAUCCAAGAACAAGUUCCACCUCUGGGGAAGUCACUGGAGACAUGGUGAUUCUCUGCUUUUUGCCAUGGCAUGUGCACAGGUUAUGUAUUCCUUUGUAAUGCGUCCUGAGAGCUUGCCAAAAUCAUAUCGGGACUUCAUUCAAAAGACAGGCCCAGUUGCCGAACCUGUCUACAAGGCUGUACGAGAUAGUUGUAGGGGCUAUCCCGUGGAUGUUGCUUCACUUUCUUCUUACUUGUCACGCAGGCAAAACACUGGCUACGAAAAUCUAGAGGAAUUUCCUUCCAUUAUUCCUUGUAAUAUAAUCCAUCCAGACACGAAUUCGUGCCUGGCUCACAAUGGGAAGGCAGCAUCAGCCACAUUCAAGAAGACAUUUCCUCUUUACUUUUCUUUGACAUUUGUUCCAUUCGUUGUUCUGCACCUGCAGAAAUUCAUGGAUGCUCCCGGCCGUACCUGUUGGCUUGCUGUGAAAGGUGCAGUUCGGUCAACAAGUUUUUUGUCUGCCUUUGUUGGCAUUUUUCAGGUGGUCAUUUGUUUGCAUAGGAAAGUUGCAACCAAGGACCACAAACUCGUAUAUUGGGUUGCCGGUGGAAUAUCUGCCCUCUCAGUUCUUUUAGAGAAGAAGGGGAGACGAUCUGAACUAGCUCUUUAUGUUCUUCCGCGUGCAGUUGAUUCUUGGUGGUAUAUUUUGGUCAACCGCCACCUGCUUCCAAACAUAAAAAAUGCUGAGGUCUUCCUAUUCUCAAUUUGUAUGGGAGGAAUCAUGUAUUACUUGGAAUAUGAGCCAGAUACUAUGGCUCCGUUCCUCCGAGGUUUGAUUCGUCGCUUCCUCGCAAGCAGAAUUAGCAAUUCUAGCACAACUUCCAGUCGAGAUGUUUCGCACUCUUAUUUGAACACACUCGAUGCCAUGAAGAAACCAAAUUUGGAAGAUAACCGGGAAGUCGAAGCUGCACGGUCCGAGAAAUACAACCUUGAAUCAAUUCCAGGUUUGUAGAAUCGGAGCUACGAAAUGCAAGGUCAUGAAAUACAUGCCUUCACUUUAUUUUAGAUGAAAUUCCAUUGAAUUGGUUGAUUGAACUAUUAGGCAACAAUCAAUUUUCUUCAUAUAUAAAAUAGUGACAUUGAAUUUUGUUCUAUAUUGUCAAUUGGCAUACUGUCUAUUAGUGCUGGAUCCUCCCAGAACAAUAAGAUAAUAGGAAAAGAUUGUGCACA